AUGAAUACUGGUGAUCAUUGUGAAGUUGAUGAAACAUUGAUUGAAGAAAAAAAUGAAGAAGAAAAAAUAAAUAAUAGAAUAAAUAAAAUAACUGCUGUAAGAACAGAGUCAGUAGUAUAUUUAAAAACUCAAGCUAAUCGAAUGAAAGAAGCAUCCGAAAAAAGAUUUUGUGAGGCAAAAGUUGAUGAAACCGUCAAAAUCAAAAUACCUGAUGUAGACAGAGCUCGCAGCGACCUUCGUUGUAUUCUUGGAGUUAAUCUAGCAGUUCAUGACGAUAACUAUAAGAUAGGAACUACCGAAGGACUAACUGAAGGAAAGUUGGAACACACAUAG